UAAUCAAACCCUAAACCUUUCUGUUUCAAAGAAGAUAUGGAAGAAAACAUUAAAUUUCACAUGAAAAGCUCAAUUACUCCCGCGAAUCCAAUUCUCAAAAUCAAGAAACAACGCAACAAAUCCACGAGUAAAAUCGACGUAAGCUUCAGAGUCCGUAAAACUCAUCACAUCUGUGAUAUUCUACCGUCGGAUGAACGUGCGGAUUCAACAAUGUCGUAUAUAAGAGAAACCCAUACAUGGCAUCCAUCUACAUUUGAUUUCAGUAUUUCCUGCGACGGCUCGAAACUGACCGAUGAAGAACACCACAAACAACAAGUACUGGAUUUCUUGAUGUGUAGGGCAAUUCAUGAUGAAGAAUAUCUACAAAGGAUCUUGACGGCUGUAUGGGCUAAGAUUAAAAAGGUGGCACUCCGUACAACAAGUAAAACCUGCGGUAAUCUUUUUGUUGGUGUAGAUGUAGUGAAGUGGGAACGUUACGAUGAAGAUGCUUUCAUGAGAGCUGCGAUGGAGUCUAUGGAAGAUGAUACUGAUCGUAAAGUUCCGGCGAGCGAAUCGUCGAUUGCUGGAUUGGAAAGAUUUGUGUUUGAUGAUGAGAAUUUGGAAGAGAAGAAGUGUGUGAUUUGCUUGGAGGAGAUGGAGAUGGGAAUGGAAGCGAUUCGGAUGCCGUGCUCGCAUUUUUAUCAUCAAGAUUGCAUUCUUCAGUGGCUGCAUAAGAGUCACUUGUGUCCUCUUUGUCGCUAUAAAAUGCCUGUAGAAGAAUAAUAGGAUUUUGAUGAAUUUAUUAUAACUCUUUUUAUGUGUUUAGCAAGUUAUGCCGUGUAUAAUAUUAUUUGAUUUAGUGAAGGAAGAACUAUUGUUUAA